CCUUCCUCCUCCUCCUCCUUCUCCCUCUUCCCUCCUCCCUCUCCCUCUGCCCUCCUCCUCCUGCCGCCCGGCCCGGCCCGGCUCCGCUCGCCAUGGGAGAUGUGGUCUCCACGCACCUGGACGAGGGUCGCCGCCAGCACAUCGCGGAGAGGACGGGGAAGGUGCUGGGCGAGUUCUGCCGCUGCUACAAGGAGCAGUUUGGGGUGGCUCUGUUCAACAGCGUGCGCUACGAGAUCGAGGGCGCGGGGGGCCCGCAGGCACAGCUGCUGCACCGCAAGGUUCCACUGGAGGACCACGUCAUCUACUCAGGGAACAUCUUCCAGUACAUUGAGGAGAACAAGAAGUGGAGGAACCGCUUCUGCGUGGUGCCACACAACUAUGGGCUGGUGCUCUAUGAGAACAAGCUGGCCUAUGAGCGGGAGCUGCCGCCCCGGGUGCUGGUCAACAGCGCUGGCUACAAGGUCCUCACCUCCGUGGAGCAGUACCUGGAGCUGGUCAACAGCAGCCUGCCAGGUGUGACCCCGAAAUCUGGGCACUCCCCCAUAGUGAAGUGCCCCACGGAUUUCCCUCUGCUGCUGUGGCACCCCUACGCCCGGCACUACUAUUUCUGUGUGAUGACGGGCAAGGAGCAGGAGAAGUGGCGGGCGGUGUUCCAGGACUGCGUGCGGCACUGCAACAACGGGAUCUCCGAGGACUCCAAGGUGGAGGCUCCAGCCUUCACGGACGCCAUCCGCAUGUACCGGCAGUCCAAGGAGCAGUACGGCACCUGGGACAUGCUGUGCGGCAACGAGACCCAGGUGCUGAGCAACCUGGUGAUGGAGGAGCUGCUGCCCGAGCUGCGGAGCACCAUCGGCCCCCGGCUGAAGGGCAAAGCGCCGGAGCGCCAGCGCACCUGGAUCCAGGUGUCAGAUGCUGUCUAUAGGAUGGUCUAUGAGCUGGCCAAGGCUCAGUACGAUGCAGCUGUGGCCAGGUGUGAGCAGGAGCGGCCGCAGCUGGAGAGCACCAUCCGCACGGACAUGGACCAGAUCAUCACCUCCAAGGAGCACCUGGCCAGCAAGAUCCGAGCCUUUGUGCUGCCCAAGGCAGAGGUGUGUGUCCGUAACCACGUGCAGCCCUACAUCCCCUCCAUCCUGGAGGCCCUGAUGGCCCCCACGAGCCAGGGCUUCGCCGAGGUGCGCGAGCUGUUCUUCAAGGAGGUCACCGACCUCAACAUGAACGUCGUCAACGAGGGCGGCCUGGAGAAGCUGGUGGAGUACAUGGAGAAGCUGUCCCACCUGGCCUUCCACCCCGUGAAGAUGCAGUCGUGCUAUGAGAAGAUGGACCAGCUGAAGCUGGAGGGUCUGCAGCAGCGAUUCGAUGUCUCCAGCACGUCUGUCUUCAAGCAGAGGGCCCAGAUCCACAUGAGACAGCAAAUGGACGAUGCUGUGUACACCUUCGAGACUCUGCUGCACCAGGAGCUGGGGAAGCUGCAGGGCAAGGACGAGCUCUGCAAGUCCAUCCAGCGCAUCCUCGAGAGGGUGCUCAAGAAAUUUGACUAUGACAGCAGCACCGUGAGGAAGAAGUUCUUCAGGGAGGCCCUGCUGCAGAUCACCAUCCCCUUCCUGCUGAAAAAGCUGGCACCCACCUGCAAGGGGGAAUUAGCCAAGUUUCAGGAGCUGAUCUUUGAGGACUUUGCCAGCUUCAUCCUGGUGGAGAACACCUACGAGGAGGUGGUGCUGCAGUCGGUGAUGAAAGACAUCAUGCAAGCUGUGAAGGAGGCGGCCGUGCAGCGGAAGCACAACCUGUACAGGGACAGCAUGGUGAUGCACAACAGCGAUCCCAACCUGCACCUGCUGGGAGAGGGGCUGCCCAUCGACUGGGGCGAGGAGAGCGGCGGGCAGCCCGAGGCCGAGCGCCGCCGCAGGGCCAGGCAGGUGGUGUCGGUCAUCCAGGACGACGAGGGGGCGCUGCCCUUCGGGGCCGAGGCGCUGCUGCAGCCCGGCUCCCCCCAGGCUCGGGGGGCUCCUCCCGGGGUGCCCCCCAGCCCCGGGGACGCGGUGAGGGAGAUCCGGGAGGCGCUGGCGCAGCAGAGCCCCGGGGCUGGCGCCGAGCGGCUGAUGAACGGCAGUGACGGCAGCGGGGCCAGCGAGGAGGGGGCGCUGCUGGCGGGGGCUGCCCGAGGGGAGGGCACACAGCAAGGUCCAGCUCGUGAUGGGGACGGGGUGCACCGUGUGGCACCGCCAGCACCUGCAGCUGAGAUCCCAGCAGGGACUGGGGGAGAGCAUGGCACACCAGCACUGUCACCUGUCCCUGGAGCUGAGAUCCCAUCAGGGACUGGAGAAGAACGUGUCACACCAGCACUGUCACCUGUGCCUGGAGCUGAGAUCCCAUCAGGGACUGUGCGGGGAGAGCAUGUCACACCAGCACUGUCACCUGUGCCUGCAGCUGAGAUCCCAUCAGGGACUGGAGAAGAAUGUGUCACACCAGCACUGUCACCUGUCCAAGGAGCUGAGAUCCCAUCAGGGACUGGAGAAGAAUGUGUCACACCAGCACUGUCACCUGUCCCUGGAGCUGAGAUCCCAACAGAGACUGGAGGAGAGCAUGUCACACCAGCACUGUCAUCUGUCCAAGGAGCUGAGAUCCCAUCAGGGACUGGGGGAGAGCAUGUCACACCAGCACUGUCAUCUGUCCAAGGAGCUGAGAUCCCAUCAGGAACUGGGGGAGAACGUGUCACACCAGCAUUGUCACCUGUCCCUGGAGCCAAGGUCCCAUCAGGAGCUGGGACACGCCGGGCUGCACCAGCACCACCUGUCCCUGGAGCUGAGGUGUCAUCAGGGACUGGGGGACAACGUUCUGGACCAGCAUCACCUGUUCCCAGAGCUGGUGUCCCAGCAGAGGCUGAGGUGCCACACGCCACACCAAGAUCAUCCGUGCCAGCAUCCCCCAUGUCUGGAGCUGAUGUCCCAUCAGGGGCUGAGGUGCCACACGCCACACCAAGAUCACCUGGACCAGCAUCACCUGUUCCCAGAGCUGGUGUCCCAGCAGAGGCUGAGGUGCCACGUGUCACACCCAGAUCGUCCGUGCCAGCGUCCCCCGUGCCCGGAGCUGAGCCCCAGCCAGCGCCCAGCGUGCCACACGCCGCAGCAGCAGCAGCCGGUGUCGCAGCAGAGGCUGAGGUGUCCCUUGUCACAGCAGCGCCACCCGGAGCCCAGAGCCCGUCACCAGCGUGUCACCAGCGCGGUGACAGGGGGACGGGCGAGCGCGGGGAGCGCAGCCCCCCGCAGGGCAGGGCCAGCACACAGAGCGGUGAGGGGCUGCAGACUGAGUUCUAGCCCAGCCCCUGCCGGGGACUGGCCCCGGUGACACCGGGGCUGGGGAGGGGGCCAGGACCCCCGGGAUGGAGAGCAGCACACGGGAGAGGGAGGGGAUGGGGACUGCCUGGGGGGUCCCACGGCCACAGCCCCCUGGGCCUGCCCUGGGGCAUCCCCUGCGCUCUGCUCUGUCCUUUUCUGCCUUAUUUUCUUUUCUACUGAGGAGAUGCUUUACUGAAGAGCUUUAUCUGCCCCCCCUGGCAGUGCCUGGGGCUGCUGGGGGGGCUGGCACUAGCCCUGCCGAGGGUGGUCCUGGCUGUCCCUGGGGGUGUCCCUGCCCCAGUCUGGGGGGGUCCCUGGGACUCUGUCACCCACCCGGGGGGUCCCUGGGACCCUGUCACCCACCCGGGGGGUCCCUGGGACCCUGCCCAUGGAGCAGGGGCUGCAGGGGGUGAUUGCAAACAGGGACAUGACAGGGACAGCAAUGCUGGGGGGCUGGAGCCACUGCCCGGGGGAAGAGUGCUGGGACAGGUGGGAGCUGCUGCUGCCCAGGCCGGGCUCACAGCACCCAGGCUGGGCUUAGAGCAUCCAGGCUGGGCUUAGAGCACCCAGGAUGGGCUCACAGCACCCAGGCCGGGCUCACAGCAUCCAGACUGGGCUUAGAGCAUCCAGGCUGGGCUUAGAGCAUCCAGGCUGGGCUCACAGCACCCAGGCCGGGCUCACAGCACCCAGACUGGGCUUAGAGCAUCUAGACUGGGCUUAGAGCAUCCAGGCUGGGCUUAGAGCACCCAGGAUGGGCUCACAGCACCCAGGCCGGGCUCACAGCACCCAGGCUGAGCUCACAGCAUCCAGGCUGAGCUCACAGCACCCAGGCCGGGCUCACAGCACCCAGGCCAGGCUCACAGCACCCAGGCUGGGCUUAGAGCAUCUAGGCUGGGCUUAGAGCAUCCAGGCCGGGCUCACAGCACCCAGACUGGGCUUAGAGCAUCUAGACUGGGCUUAGAGCAUCCAGGCUGGGCUUAGAGCACCCAGGAUGGGCUCACAGCACCCAGGCCGGGCUCACAGCACCCAGGCCGGGCUCACAGCACCCAGGCUGGGCUCACAGCACCCAGGCCAGGCUCACAGCACCCAGGCUGGGCUCAUAGCACCCAGAGCCCAUCCCCAUCCCAUCCUCACCCCAGGGUCUUCUAGGAGCUCUUGUAAGUUCAGUUAAUCUCUGGGGGAAGGUGGCACUGACUGUGGCCCAGCUGUGCCUGGCAGGACUGGGAUAAUUCCAGGCUCAGCUCCCUGUGCAGUGGAGAGGUCCCAGCCCUCGCCCUCCAGAUCUCCUCAGCACCUUCCAUGGAUGGUUUCUCCAGUUUUGCAGAUUCUGGCACCUGCUGGGAUGGCUGGGGGGGUUUGCUGAGCCCAUCUGUCACAGGGAUGGGGACAGGACUGCUGCAGCCCCCACACAGUGGUGCCAACAGCCCUGGGGGUGCUGGGGGUCUGCAGGACUCCUGGGUGUGACCCCUGGAGCAGGGAGCAGCACCCAAAACCCACCUGUGCUUAGGUUCCUGCCUCAGAAGGGGGGGUGCCCAGCCUAACCCACUCAGGGGACCCCCAAAGUGCCUUGGGGGGCUCCCCUCAAAGUGCCUUUCUCUGUGAACUUCAAACCUGUCUCUUCCAGGAUAUUUUAUUAAGAAAGUUAUACAAAUGUUUAAAGAUAUGCUUAUAAUAAAUAAUAAAAUGGAAAAGCUUUAUUUAAAGCCA